AGAGGAGAGGCAGAGGCCAGGCCACUGUGCAGGGCCACAGCUGUGGGGAGAGGAGGCCAGGACUCCUAGAGGCACAAGGAGGAAGCCGCAGCUGAGGGCCAGCAGCCCUGGGGUCACAGAAGGGGGCGCCAGCGACCCAAAGGGGAGCUGGGACAGGGCGUGACCAGCUGGGCGCAGCACCUGGAGCCAAGAGGUGCGAAGGACAGCAGGGAUUAGGAGGGACGGAGCCGCGCCAGCUGCACCCGCGGACUCGCCAUGGGCCCUGUGCCGCGCGGGUGGCUGCUGCUGGGCGCCGUGACAGCGGGGUUCCUGGCCCACAGCGUCUUGGCGGGUGUGAAGAAGCUCGACGUGCCCUGCGGAGGGAGAGACUGCAGCGGUGGCUGCCGGUGCUACCCCGAAAAAGGAGGCCGCGGCCUUCCAGGACCAGCAGGCCCUCCAGGCUUCAGCGGGCCCCCAGGACUGCAGGGGUUCCCAGGGCUGCAAGGCCGCAAAGGUGACAAGGGUGAGCGAGGAGCUCCCGGGACGCCAGGACCUAAAGGAGAUGUGGGCCCCAGAGGCGUUUCUGGAUUCCCCGGGGCCAACGGAAUUCCGGGUUACCCGGGCCAGGGCGGGCCCAGGGGAAGGCCGGGCUACGACGGCUGCAAUGGGACCAGGGGUGACACAGGCCCACAAGGCCCCUCCGGCUCGGAUGGCUUCCCUGGCACAUUCGGGCCCCAAGGACCCAAGGGCCAGAAAGGGGAACCGUAUGCACUGUCCAGAGAGGACCGAGACAGAUACAGGGGCGAACCGGGAGAGCCUGGGCUGGUUGGUUUCCAGGGCCCGCCCGGCCGCCCCGGGCCCAUGGGGCCAAUGGGCCCAGUCGGAGCCCAGGGAAGACCGGGCCCCCCUGGACCCCCCGGGCCAAAAGGAGAGCCGGGCAACAGAGGACUUGGUUUUUAUGGAGAAAAGGGGGAAAAGGGUGACCAGGGCCAGCCAGGACCCAAUGGAAUUCCGUCCGACACCAUUCACGAUGUUGAUGCACCUAAGGGCACCACCAUCCACCCUGACAUGUAUAAGGGUGAAAAGGGCAGUCCAGGAGAACCAGGGAUCAAAGGCAUUUCCUACAAGGGAGAAGAAGGGAUCCUGGGCUUUCCAGGAGCACGGGGGCCUCCCGGCCUAGAUGGGGAGAGUGGAUUCCCGGGACAGAAGGGAACCAAAGGCCGGGACGGCUACCAAGGCCCUGAUGGACAUCCAGGAUACAAGGGAGAACCAGGCGAACCCGGCCCCCCGGGACCCCCCGCCUAUUCGCCUCAUCCCUCGCUGGCCAAAGGUGUCAGAGGGGACCCAGGAUUCCCAGGAGCUCACGGGGAGCCAGGAAGCAGGGGUGAGCCAGGGGACCCAGGUUUCCCAGGACCCCCAGGCGCCCCCGGCCAGCCCCCCAUAGACCAAGAUGGCAGAAGAGGCCGGCCUGGUGAGAUGGGGAUCAAAGGCUCCCCCGGAGACCCGGGCAUCUCUGCAAGCUACCCUGGCCCACCCGGUGCAGAAGGACGGCCAGGCCUUCGAGGACCCCCUGGGCCUGCUGGACCGCCGGGACCGGACGGCUUCCUGUUUGGCCUUAAAGGAGCACAAGGGAGCCGGGGCUACCCUGGGCCUUUCGGCACUCCAGGGCUGAAUGGACAGAAAGGACGCAAAGGUGACGCUGGAGACUGCAAAUGUGUUGAAAGCGAUCAGUUCCCCGGGGCUCUUCCAGGACUGCCAGGACUCAAGGGUUUCCCAGGUGCCAGUGGGAGGCCAGGCUGGAAAGGGGAGCCAGGAGAUCCUGGCCAGCAUGGCACCCCUGGGUUCCCAGGGUUCAAGGGCACCCCCGGCAGCCUCGGGGCACCAGGACCCAAGGGAGCGAAAGGUGACUCCAGGACGCUCAGCACCAAAGGAGAGCGGGGACAGCCCGGGAUCCCCGGUGUGCACGGGCUGAAAGGUGACGAUGGUGCCCCCGGCCGAGAUGGGCUCGAUGGCUUCCCUGGACUCCCUGGGCCGCCUGGCGAUGGCAUCAAAGGCCCCCCAGGAGACUCUGGUCCCCCAGGAGCACCCGGAACCAAGGGCCCCCCAGGAGAGAUGGGCCCCCCAGGCCUGGGCUUGCCAGGCCGCAAGGGCGAGCAGGGUUUCCCAGGGGAUGCAGGGUUGCCCGGGUCCCGAGGCUUCCCCGGCCCUCCCGGCCCCCCAGGCAGCCCUGCAGAGACAGACUGUGACACGGGUGUGAAGAGGCCCAUCGGAGGUGACAGACAGGAACCCGUGCAGCCAGGUUGCGUUGGAGGCCCCAAGGGAUCACCUGGACAGCCCGGCCCCCCUGGGCCCUCAGGUGACAAAGGCCCCAGAGGGACCCCAGGAUUCUUGGGAGUGGACGGACCGCCGGGGCUCAAGGGCUUAUCUGGAGACCCAGGCCGCGAAGGGUACCCGGGACCCCCAGGGUUCAUGGGACCCCGAGGAUCCAAGGGUGCUGUGGGCCUGCCUGGCCCAGAUGGACUGCAGGGCUCCAGCGGCCUUCCAGGCCCUGCAGGGCCCCCUGGGGACAGGGGCAUUCCAGGAGAGGUGCUGGGGGCCCAGCCUGGGCCCCGGGGAGAUGCCGGGCUACCUGGACACCCCGGGCCGAAAGGCCUCCCGGGGGAACAAGGAGCCCCUGGAUUCCAAGGGAGCCAGGGGAUGCCCGGAAUGCCAGGGCUCAAGGGCCAGCCGGGUGCCCCAGGACCCUCGGGAUUCCCGGGACUGCCCGGACUUCCAGGACGGCACGGAUUCCCAGGAGCUCCCGGCCCAGAGGGGCCCUUGGGGCUGCCCGGUAUCCCGGGAGGUGAAGGUCUGCCCGGGGACAGGGGCGACCCUGGGGACACCGGUGCCCCGGGACCCGUGGGCAUGAAAGGUCUCGCUGGGGACAGAGGUGACGGCGGCCUGGCCGGCGACAGGGGCCAUCCAGGAGACCCCGGCUUUAAUGGAAUGGAUGGGAUGCCUGGUAUCCCUGGGCUGAAAGGGGACAGAGGCUCGCCAGGCAUGCAGGGCUUCCAGGGCAUGACUGGGCUGCGGGGCCGGCCAGGGACCCCAGGCACUAAGGGUCAGGCCGGAUUUUUUGGGCUGCCCGGCCCAAAGGGCCCUGCCGGCCAGCGCGGUGGGAAAGGCAACCGUGGGGAGCCCGGCCCCCCAGGUCCCCCUCCGGUCAUCAUGCCAGGGAUGAAGUUCAUCAAGGGCGAGAAGGGCGACGAGGGGCCCAUGGGGCUGAAGGGGUACCUGGGCUUGAAAGGCCUCCAAGGCAUGCCCGGCAUCCCGGGGCAGGCUGGAGUCCCGGGGCUGCCCGGAAGGCCCGGCCACGUCAAAGGCACCAAAGGGGACAUCGGCGUACCUGGCUCACCUGGCCUGCCUGGCUUCCCUGGGGUGACCGGUCCCCCCGGGAUCAUCGGGUUUCCCGGAUUCACAGGCGCGCGGGGUGACAAGGGUGCUACGGGAAGCACAGGCCUGUAUGGAAAGCUGGGCCUGACCGGGGACUUUGGUGACGCUGGAGACACGAUUAAUUUACCAGGAAGCCCGGGCCUGAAGGGAGAGCGUGGCGUCAGCGGGACCCCAGGGCUGAAGGGAUUCUUCGGAGAGAGAGGGACCCACGGCGAGGUCGGCUUCCCGGGCAUCACAGGCCUGGCGGGACCCCAAGGCCCGCCUGGACUCAAAGGACAGACAGGCUUCCCAGGACUAACAGGGCUGCAGGGGCCACAGGGAGACCCGGGACAGACUGGAUUCCCUGGAGAGAAAGGAGCUGACGGCUGGCCCGGCGUGCCAGGCUUGCCAGGUUUCCCGGGGCUGCGCGGCAUCGGUGGACUGCACGGCCUGCCGGGUCCCAAGGGCUUCACCGGCUCCCCAGGUGCUGACAUGCCCGGAGACCCAGGCUUCCCCGGCCCCGCGGGGGACAGAGGUGACCCCGGAGAGCCCAACACCUUCCCAGGCAUCACAGGUGCCCCCGGACCAAAGGGGGAGCAGGGAGCCCCAGGGGCGCGAGGACCGGCCGGGAGACCCGGGAUGCAGGGGUUCCCCGGCAUCAGCCCACCCUCCAAUUUCUCCGGGCUGCCAGGCGACACGGGGUCGCCGGGGAUCUUUGGCCUGGAAGGUUACCAAGGCCCCCAGGGACCCCCGGGGCCAGCCGCCCUGCCGGGAAGCAAAGGCGAUGCUGGGAGCGGGGGAGCCCCAGGGGUCACAGGCACCAAAGGCUGGGUCGGAGACCCGGGGCCCCAGGGCCGGCCGGGCGUGUUCGGAGUCCCAGGAGAGAAAGGGCCCAAGGGUGAGCCCGGACUCAUGGGCAGCACCGGACCCACCGGGGCUGCGGGCGACAGAGGCCCCAAGGGGCCCAAAGGAGACCAGGGAUUCCCCGGAGCCCCCGGCUCUGUGGGGUCCCCAGGGAUUGCCGGCAUCCCCCAGAGGAUCGUCGCCCCUCCUGGGGCCAUGGGUCCCGAGGGCAGGAGGGGUCCUCCCGGCGCUCAGGGGGAGAUGGGGCCACAGGGCCCCCCCGGAGACCCAGGUUUCCGUGGGGUACCAGGGAAGACUGGGCCCCAGGGACGCGGUGGUGUGUCUGCUCUGCCUGGGUUCCGGGGAGACCCAGGGCCCGUGGGGCACCAGGGCCCGACUGGCCAAGAAGGGGAGCCCGGCCGCCCAGGGAGCCCAGGGCUGCCUGGCAUGCCCGGCCGCAGCGUGAGCAUCGGCUACCUGCUGGUGAAGCACAGCCAGACGGACCAGGAGCCCAUGUGCCCGGUGGGCAUGAGUAAGCUGUGGAGCGGCUACAGCCUGCUGUACUUCGAAGGCCAGGAGAAGGCCCACAACCAGGACCUGGGCCUGGCCGGCUCCUGCCUCGCACGGUUCAGCACCAUGCCCUUCCUCUACUGCAACCCCGGGGAUGUCUGCUACUACGCCAGCCGCAACGACAAGUCCUACUGGCUGUCCACCACCGCCCCACUGCCCAUGAUGCCCGUGGCCGAGGACGACAUCAGGCCCUACAUCAGCCGCUGCUCUGUGUGCGAGGCCCCAGCCGUCGCCAUUGCGGUGCACAGCCAGGACGUGUCCAUCCCUCACUGCCCGGCGGGCUGGCGGAGCCUGUGGAUCGGGUAUUCCUUCCUCAUGCACACAGCAGCCGGGGAUGAAGGCGGAGGCCAGUCGCUAAUGUCGCCAGGCAGCUGUCUGGAGGACUUCCGCGCCACGCCAUUCAUCGAGUGCAACGGGGGCCGCGGGACCUGCCACUACUUCGCCAACAAGUACAGCUUCUGGCUGACCACCAUCCCCGAGACCAGCUUCCAGGGCUCGCCGUCGGCCGACACACUCAAGGCGGGUCUCAUCCGCACGCACAUCAGCCGCUGUCAGGUGUGCAUGAAGAACCUGUGAGCGUGGGCUGCUGGCGUGGUGCUGUCCCCAGACGCCGGCCGGCCCUACCCUGCCGUCCCGAGAGAACCUUGGCCUGCGUGGACGGCCACAUGGUGCACUGUGACCCCACCUCCGGCUGGCUGACCGUGGACCUGUCCCCCACCCCCUUCCCCACAGCCAGCCACCCCCUCUGCCCGUCCCAAGUAACAGCCUUAAAUAAAAGUUGGUUUUUAACAUUUCUAACCCCAAGUGUUGC